UCAAAACAUUGACACAAAACCGACGGCUUAAAUAUAUUUUUAUGAAUUUUUGAUUAUCAUGACAUAAGAAUUAAACAAUUAAAUUGUUGUUCAUUUUUAUAAAGCUUUCAUUUUUAUUUGUAUACCUUUUUCAACCAUAAAUUAUAUUUUGUAAUACAAACUGUUUUGAGACGACCCCUUUUCAUUUGGACAACCAUCUACCAGUUCGAUGUCAAAAAGUCCGGUUCAAUAAUUCCUGAAACAUAAAUUAAUCAAAAGCAAACAAAACAUAGUUGACAUGUAUUCAGCAAUAUCAAGAAUUAUGGCUCGUCAAAUUGCACCCUUAACUGCCAGCCCGGCUUUGAAGAUGAGUGCAGUAAAACCGCGGAGAAUUACAGGACGGAUGUUCUCUGUCCAAGCAUCGUUACCACGGUUUCCUGUUGCUCCCCUUCAACAGACGCUUGACAAGUACCUUCAGACUCUCCGGCCUCUAGUAUCUGACCACGACUUCAGGCAUGCACAAAAGCUAUGUGAAGAUUUCAAGACUGGUGUGGGGCCACUGCUUCAAACCAAACUGGAGGAGCGGGCACAGAAACACACAAACUGGCUGUCUGAUUGGUGGAGACAGGUGGCAUACCUCGAUGUAAGAGAGUCGUGCGUUAUUAACUCUAAUCCAGGGGUUCUCUUUCCGAAGGCCGACUUCAAUGACCUGCAGGGUCAACUGAGCUACGCUGCCAGACUUAUUGCCGGGGUUCUUGAUUACAAAGUCAUGAUUGAUACUCAGACAUUACCAGUUGAGCACCUAGGGAAAGCCCCCUUGUGUAUGAUGCAAUACUACCAGAUUCUGAGUGCAUGUCGGAUCCCUGGGGUAAAUACAGAUGACUGGGUGUGCUUCCCGCCUGACCAGCCCAACCCUCCCAGGCACAUCACCAUCGUGUACAACAAUAAUUUUUUUGAAGUGCCAGUCUACGACAGUGAAAACAAGCCCUUGAACUCGACCCAGCUGCGGGCUCAGCUCGAGGCAGUUGUAAGUCAGGGGUCAAGUCAGGGACCACCACUAGGGCUCUUCACAAUGGAGAACAGGGAAAACUGGGCACGGGCUUACAAGAACAUGUGUAAAGAUGAGGUUACAAAGUCUAGUUUAGAAUCGAUCCAGCGGAGUAUCGUGGUGAUCUGUCUUGACCAGCCCAACCCCUCAACCCCCGACCCGCGCACCACUUCUGGCCACCAAAUGCUCCAUGGGGCUGGCUCUCAGCUACACACGGGGAAUCGGUGGUUUGAUAAAACCAUACAGUUUGUAGUCGGACAAGAUGGUGUGAGUGGCCUGAACUAUGAGCACACCUCAGCCGAGGGUCCCCCUGUAAUACACCUCAUGGACCACUGUCUAGAAUACAUAAAUUCUGGUAAAGACUGGGAGGCUGCAGGUACUGCUGCCACACCCCGCCUUCUCACAAUGAACCUUUCACAUGAUGUGGAAAACAGUCUGAAUCUGGCCAAGGAGAACAUUGACAGGAUGGUGCAGGACUUGGACCUGAAAGUUUUCACAUUCGAAGAAUUCGGGAAAAACUUCCCGAAGAGUCAGCGUGUGUCGCCUGACAGCUUCAUACAGAGCGCCAUACAGCUUGCCUAUUACAGACACCACAGAAAGCCUGUGGGCUCUUACGAGAGCGGCUCCAUCCGGAUGUUUCAACUGGGACGGACAGAAACUAUACGAUCAUGUUCCUCAAGCUCCCUAGAGUUCACACAGGCCAUGUUGGAUCCCUCACAGUCCAAUCAGAAGAGAGCUGAGCUGCUCAGGAGGGCUAUAAAUAGCCAUAAACAGUACACUAAUGAUGCCAUAUCAGGAAAGGGUAUUGACCGUCACUUCCUUGGGCUGUCGUUGAUUGCCCAGGAAAACAAGAUAGAGCUGCCAGAACUUUUCAAGGACCCAAACUUUGUCUUCAGUAAGACGUGGAGGAUAUCGACCAGCCAGGUACCGGCCAAGUCUGAGUCAGUGUUGUUCUUUGGGCCGGUCUGCCCGGACGGCUACGGGUUCUGCUACAAUCCCCAGGAGAAGCGAAUCCUGUUUGGUAUUUCCUCCUUCAAGAGUAACGAUGUAACCCUCCCCGCGGCACAGAUGUGUGAACUUGUGGCCGACAGUUUACGUGACAUGAGACAAGUAAUGGAGAGCUCAGUCAAGUCAAGUCUGUGAUCUGUGUGUUACCAUCUUUAUACAGAGUAUCAUAGGGGUGAAGCAAUAAUAUUGUAAGUAAAUUUAAAUAAAGAAGGACCUUUUAGCUGCCAUUCCUCGCUAUGUACCUUUUAUUGUACCGCCAGCUCAAUAUUUCUAUGAUAUACUGAGUAACAGUGCUAUGUUGUGACUUACUACUUAACUUUAUGCAGGAUAUGGAGUGAUCAUGUAUUACAGUUACAUUCUAUUAUUAUGGUUUAUACUUAUAAUUUUCAGCAAAGAAUGUGAUAAUGAUAUGGGUUUUGCCUGUUGAAGGCUGUUCUGUAAUUUGUUAGGUUAUACUGAAAAAUAGUUCUUUAGCCAGCUGUGUGUAGAAGGUGGCUGUAAAUUUAUUUAAAACAUUUUCUGAUUCAGAGAAAUCCCUUUUCCAAGUAGAAAUACGUAUGGUGCUACUGUUAGUUCUGGUGGAUUGAAUUUCUGAUCAUUAUUGUCAAGCAUUAACUAUUAAUGUAUGAGUUGUUUGAAAAUGGUGUCUGUGGAGGUUAAUAAUUGAUACAUUUGGCAUCAGUAUUGACUAUAGCAAUUGCAAUUAAUCUAUAGAUGUUAUUGUCAUAUUUAUAAUGAAACUCUGGGAUAAUAAAGUUUAUUGUUUACUUGUAAAGUUAUUUUUUCUUGGGACAUUUGCUUAAAUAAUGGUAAGGAUAUAGAUAUUAAAGGCUUAGGAAACUAUUUAAAACAGAGGACUAAACCCCUUAACCCAGAUUUGGGCCUGAAAUGCUCAUACUCAAACUUUGAUUAUCCCUGGAAAUUGUAUCUCAGGCUUGGGAAUUUUUCACCUUGGGGCGGUGGAACAUGUAGGUAUUUGUUAUAAUGCAAAUACAAUCUCUGUAAUCAUUUUAUAUGUUGUUAUCAUGAAGACAUCUGUAAUGUUUAUUUAAACUCUACAGCUAUUUCUACAUCAGUUUAUCAGAUUAUGUACUAUUAUUUAAACUACAAGUACAUGCAUUUGUAAGAUAGGAUUUCAAUUUUCCCUAGUCGGAAACCCCACAAUGGACCAAUGCGGAAAUAUGCACAGACGCUGAAAAAAUAUUCUGACAGCUUCGUAGACCACUCGCCUAUUGAGACAACUGACAAUACAGGGUUAUUGAAGUGUAUUUUCAUAUAUAUUUUCAUUUUGCAAUUUCAUUUGAAGAAGAGUUGUUUCCCCUGCCUCAUGCAAAUUCAUUAAAACAAGAUUUUGUCCCUCUGUAAUUAUCAUGGAGUGUUACAGAAUAAAGUACUGUGGUUGCAGAUGAUGUCAAUUUUCAAGAAUAAUUAACUGUUUAUUUUGAAGUGCAUAGAUGCUCCAUACUGGCCUACUGUCUACACAAGUUUGUUUAAUUGUUAAUGUAUAUUUAUAUAAUACAUUUACUGUACAAAUAAAAUAAACACAUUUAAAUUCC